GCCAGUGGCGUACAAAAUCAACCGAAUCGCUGCCAACGUAACAAUUUCGACAGUUUAGUUUGGGAAUCAUAUUCCGCGUCUACAGACAACAUAUAUCGAGCAUGCGGAGCAUGGACUGUGCCGUAUGCGGAGUUGCGGCCUCCCAGACUUGUACUCGCUGUAAAAUUGUGCGGUAUUGCGACAAGGAGCACCAGAAGCAACACUGGCCGGAACACAAGCGCUGCUGCAAGCCGAUCCGCGAGGAGAAGGAUGACGUGCUGGGUCGCUUUUUGGUUGCCACACAGGACAUCAAGGCCAAUCAGAUAAUUUUCGUGGAGGAGCCGCUGGUGGUCGGGCCAAAGUGGUACAUGUCGGAGGCGGAGAAGUCGUCCACGACCGUGCCAUGCGUGGGCUGCUACACGCCCUGUCGCCUGGGCAAACAUUUGUGUCGCAAUUGUCGUUGGCCAGUUUGCAGUGCUUCUUGCGAGCAUGAGGCCCUGGAGUGCAGCGUUUUGAGCUUGGGACCGGGUCCGUCUGCGAGAGCCGACACCCGGGGGCUGAACGAUUUUUACAGGGGAGAUGCACUCCUUGUGCUGAAGUGUCUGCUGCUGCAGCGCAAAGAUCCGAAGAAGUGGACCGAUCUGCUCGAGAUGCAGUCGCACGAGGAGGAACGGAAGGGCACUGAGCUGCACCAGGAGGCGGAAGAUGGAAUUGUGAGCUACUUGAGCCAACGCUUUCUGCAGCGGCUCGAGCAGAGCAAGAAGGAUGUCCUUGAACACUGCGAACCGGAACUGCUCCAUCGGCUGUGUGGCAUCAUUGAGACUAACUACAUGGUUGUGGAGUUGCCCACGGGCAUCGAGCUGAGCGGACUGUUCCGGCAGGCGUGCAUGAUGGAGCACGCCUGCCAGCCCAACUGCUAUUUCCAAUUUGACGGAACUACCAUGCAGAUCGAGGUUAGGGCGGGCGGCGACCUGAAGAAGGGCGAUCAUUUGAGGAUUACCUACACAAACAUCCUAUGGGGCACUCAUUUGCGCCAGCAUCAUCUGCGUCUGACCAAACAUUUCAAAUGUGGCUGCGAACGCUGCUUGGAUCCCACGGAAUUUGGCAGCUAUGUGAGUGCGUUGACUUGCCUGGGAGAUGUGAACAAAUCCUGUGGGGGCAAGCAACUCCCCCUAGAUCCAGUCGACGAGCAAAGUCAGUGGAAAUGCGACGCUUGCCCCAUGGCCAUGGACACGGCAUACGUUACCGAGCUUCAGACCCAUAUGACGGAGCAGGUGGAUAAGAUGCUGGCCGGACGACCAUCGGCCAGUGAGAUUGAGCUAACUUUGGCCCGCCUCACGCAGAUGCUGCAUCCAAAUCACUUUCACAUGUUCAACCUGAAGCACACGCUUAUUCAGCUAUAUGGCAAUGAAAAUGGUCUUGAGCUGAGCUCGCUCAGUGAUGGAAUACUGGAGCGCAAGUUGCGCUUGUGUGAUGACCUGUACAACGUCUGUCGUCGCCUGGAUCCCUACAGCAUUAAGCUUGCCAUCUAUCUGACUGUUAUUCUGGUUGAGAUCGCCCACACCCUGGAGGAACAGGCGCGCAGGAAUCCCGCAGAGGCUUCUAAGCUGCUAGAAGACGCUCUGCUCCGACUCAAAGAGGCUCAGCAGGUGCUGCAAAAGGAACUCGAUUCGGUGGCAGGUAAGAAGCUGAACGACAAGCUUCAGACGGAGAUCUUUGAGUGGGAGAAACUAAUGCUGACCAUCAAAUACCAGCAGCAGAAAAUUGACUAGUUUUCCAAAUAAAACAUACUUUAUGAUUCAGUUAAUCUA